AUUUUUAAACUAAUAUUAAUGUUAAGAAGAUUAAUCUUGAUUUUGAUAAUAUUGGUGGCAGUAGCAUUUAUUACACUCUUGGAACGUAAAAUUCUUGGAUAUAUACAGAUUCGAUUGGGACCUAACAAAGCCAGAAUUAUAGGAAUUUCUCAACCACUAUCAGAUGCUUUAAAACUUUAUUCUAAGGAAAUAGUUAAACCUUUUAAUUCUAAUUUUACAUCAUAUUUUUUUUCACCGUCUGUUAGAUUAAUCUUAUCUUUAAUAAUUUGAUUUUCCCUACCUAUUUUUAAACCUAUUUUAUUAAUAAAAAUAGGAUUACUAAUAUUUUUUUCAAUCUUAGGUUUAGGAGUUUAUCCAAUUUUAAUAGCCGGAUGAUCAUCAAAUUCAAAUUUUUCAUUAAUUGGUGGAAUACGAGCACUAGCUCAAACAAUCUCUUAUGAAGUUUCAUUAAUUUUUAUUAUUUUAAGGAAUAUAAUUUUAAAUAAUUCAAUAAACUUUUUUAAACUAAUAGAAGUUCAAAAAAUAUUUGUUUAUAUCUUUUUUAUAUUUAACUUUCUGUUAUGAAUAAUUUCAUGCACAGCGGAAUUAAACCGAACACCAUUUGACUUUGCUGAAGGAGAAAGUGAAUUAGUUUCUGGAUUUAAUACAGAAUAUAGAAGGGGAACUUUUGCUAUAAUCUUUAUAGCGGAAUACAUAAUAAUUUUGUUUUUUAGAAGAUUUUCAACAAUUAUAUUUUUUGGAUUUUACAUAAGUGAGCUAAAAUAUUUCAUUACCGUAAUAUUAUUUAUUUUUUUUUUUGUUUGAAUGCGAGCAACAUUACCACGAUAUCGAUAUGAUUUAUUAAUAAAUUUUUCUUGGAAAAUUGUUUUACCUAGUUCAACACUUAAUUUAUUCUUUUUUAUUUUUUUAAAUCUUACUUCUAAAU